AUGUUGGAUCGCAGAUUCCAUACAUUCAGCUUCCGAGAUUACGCUCGCCGACAUAUCUGUGCCGUUUAUGAUCAGCUACUGAAAGAUUCCAGUGGGCAACGCAUUUUCGUCAUUGCCCACAGUCGUGGAGGUCCUGACUUUGCUAGCUCUCUUCCCUAUUUUCAAAACGAGAAUCGCUUUGAAGUUGUCUGCCUGACUGAUUCUGUUGAUUUUGAAAUCCCUCGAUGCUCUUCGACAGAGUACUCUAGUGGUGGAACUGUGUUCAUAAACUGGAAAGCUAACAGCAAGCUUCAAGGGACUGCUAUUUCGGAUGAAGAUGUCCUUGAUAUCUACUCACGAGUUCAUCAACUGUAUGCUGGUAAGUCUUUCGUUCUGUCGCUACUUUGUUUCGUUGAAUAGUU